GACAGACGGUACCGAACGAAAGUGAUCGACGGGAUGGCUCGAUCAAAUCCAAGCGAAAACGAAGAACACGACCAGUCAUCCCAAUUCUUCGAUUUCACGUGCCCAACACGCCAUGUGUGUGCUCAACGUGCAGCAGUAACGUGCAGGUCGACCCGAACGUUGGGUGAUGCGUUGAUCCUGGUCGAUGGCAGCAUCAUAACACCGUAUGCCUAAUCCAGGGGAGCAAUGCAGUUCCUGUUCCUGCCGAUAUGCAGCGUCAGCGGAGAUGAAGCUCGCACCUGGAACGGUCCCCCGAACGGUGAGCCUUUGUUACGACGACGGUGACAUCUACACGAAUACGACCGCCUAUCAUGCGUCUGUCUCGAGCGGCGCGGUCGCCGAGAAGCUUCUCUACCGCAACACUUUCAGCAAUAGCUCCUCGAUCUCUUCCUGGAUUACCGAAGGCCCUGUUACUGCCAAUGUAACCAAUUAUCAAAGGGAGGAAUGCGCGGAGUCUAUAAGAAGAGCCGCAGUGAAGGUGCUGGUUGACACCAACAACACCCUCACACUCGGCGGUGCCGGCAAGAUCGACGAUUACUUCGUCUACUGGCUGUCCGAAGUUUUUCCUGGCCGCAUCAGGAUCUCCUGGGACUUCCAACCUAUUCAAGAGCUCGGACUUGCUAUGUUCUUCUUCGGUGCAACAUCAGUCUCAGGUGGAAGCAUUUUCGAUCCCAGCCUCAAGCCGUGCAAUGGAAGCUACCCGCAGUACCACUCCAGCGACAUCAGGCUGCUGCAUGCGAGCUACUUCCGCAGGAAAUGGCCUGAGGAGAGGCAAUGCCAUGUUGCAAACUUCAAAAAAAAGCACUGGGUUCAAUUUCGUUGCGCCGGGUGUGGAUCCACUUCUUGAUGUUGCUGAUACGCAGGGUGCAUACUAUAAGAUUACGGUUGUGAAGGAUAAGAGGGAGGCGAGCUUCUACAUCAACGGUUUGGAGAUCUUCAAGUUUGAUGAUACUAAAACGAACACUGGACCUGCUGUGAGGGAGGGGAGGAUUGUGUUCCGUGGUAUGCAGCCAUUGAUUGCCAAGUAUCGUAAUCUGGAGGUGGGGUCGUUGUAGCAAAAGAGGGCGUAGUACAACGGCAUUACAAGCCAGUGCCACUAAAUGAUUAGUUUCCGGUUGCGUGCGACCAAUUGAGGUUUCGCAGAUUAUUCUAAUUGCGUCG